UAAAGAAACUACAUGUGAAAAGAAAAAAAUAUAUAUAAGAAGAAGAAACAAAACUUCUUUUAUUGGAGUCUGGAAAUCCCCUUAUUGCAAUCCUUUUGCAGGGAUUGCAAUUUUGUGGUACAGGGAUUUCUGUGCAUAGUUUGAAUAAUCUGGGGAGCAAGUGAAAUGGGGAAUAAGGCGAGAUAUUUCCUUCUUUCUUCGAAGAAUGGACUCCGCUCAUCCAAAUUAACCUUGCAGUUAAUAGAAAUAUCCCCAUUUCAUCUGCUCCUUUUCUCCCUACUAUAUUUUGUCAUUUCUUUCCCUAUGACUGUUCGUGGAGAUGACGUAAAUCCAUUGCGAUUGCCUUCUGAACACGACAACCAAGAAAUAUGUCCCUUAAUGCCUCCGUUGGUAGGAGAUCAUCGUUCAUGUCCCGUUAAGUGCUUUCGUCCCGACCCUGUCUGUGGGAUCGAUGGUAAAACUUAUUGGUGUGGUUGCGCUGAUGCACGUUGUGCAGGUAUACGUGUGACAAAAUUAGGUUUUUGUGAAGUAGGGAAUGGAGGGUCUGCACCAGUUUCAGGCCAAGUCCUUCUUUUGCUUCAUAUUGUUUGGCUUAUAUUGCUUGGUAUAUUUGGUUUGUUUGGGCUUCUUUGAAUGAUUUGAUCAACUGUGUUGGAUUUUGCUUGGGAGGAAGAAACAAAGAUUCAUCAACUCACAUUCUCUUCCUAGUUAUAUCAACCUUUUUUUAAAAUCAUUCUUUUUAACUAAUAGAGGUUAAUUAGAUUUGUUUUUUUUGGACAGUAAGAUUUGUACAUCCAUUCUUUCAUUUUUUUCUCAACAUUUGUACAUCAAUUGUCUGGAGUAGUAUGUUAUUAAUGUAUACGCUGUCGAAGGGAAAUUCGCGGCUUACUAUUAUAGGGGUUGUCCUCUAUCGUUUUUGUUUAAAUCAAUACAAUUCUUUAAGAUUUA